CUUAGGGUUUUGGCGCCGACGAUCAAAUUCACGGCCCUGUUUUGCUAGGGUUUUGAAACCGAAGAUCAUAAGGAGAUAAUCUAGGUCGGUAGCUGAAUUUAGGGAUUCUAGUUUCUGAAAGUUUAAAGGAGAAUACAAUAUUCGUGAGAGACGCAGAUUUGUUAGCCCAUUGUAAUGGAGAAGGGGGCUUCUUUCUUGUUCGCCGGCAUUCAUUUUGACAAGAAGAGGUUCGCCGCAGAUUUCUCUAGGUUCGAGGGCAAAAAAGAAAGUGAUAAUGGAAUCGAAGGUUUGAGUUCCAUUGCUAAUAGUGAUUUCGAAGUAAUUGAGGAUUCAACGCCUUCGGAGAAGAGGAAGAGGAAGAGGAAAUCAGCGGCUACGGAAUCGGUGGAGGGGUUCAGCGUCUUCAAGGAUUCAAAACUAACUGUAGCUGCUUCAGUGAAUGAGGAAAAUCAUCCAUCUGAAAACGAUCCUUCCGAAGAGAGGAAGGAAUUUCAUCGGAAACUUGAGAGAGAUGCGCUUUUCCGGAAGAAGUAUAACAUUCAUGUCUCUGGGAACAAUGUUCCAUCGCCACUUCAGAAUUUUGCAGAGUUGAGCACAAGAUAUGAAUGCGACCCAUACAUACUGCAUAAUCUUGUAGAACUUGGGUUUAAAGAGCCAACACCAAUUCAAAGGCAGGCUAUUCCAGUCCUCUUAUCCGGCCGUGAAUGCUUUGCUUGUGCCCCUACUGGUUCUGGAAAAACCCUGGCUUUUCUGUGCCCUGUGCUUAUGAAACUGAAGGAUCCAUCAAAGGAAGGCAUCCGUGCAGUUAUACUUUGUCCAACACGAGAAUUAGCAUCUCAGACAACAAGGGAGUGCAAAAAAUUGGCUAAAGGGAAAAAAUUCUCUAUCAAGUUGGUUACAAAAGAAGUUAUUAGACAUGCUGAUUUCUCAAAGUUCUCAUGUGAUGUACUCAUAUCCACUCCACUUAGGUUAAGACUUGCUAUUCGGAAAAAGAAAAUUGACCUCAGUAGGGUGGAGCACCUUGUUCUGGACGAAUCUGAUAAGUUAUUUGAGCUUGGCUUGUUAAAACAGAUCGACACCAUUGUAAAAGCAUGCUCCAAUCCUUCAAUAGUUCGCUCAUUGUUUAGUGCUACUUUACCUGACUUUGUUGAGGAUCUUGCUCGCUCAGUAAUGCAUGAUGCUGUUCGGGUUAUUGUUGGUAGGAAGAAUACCGCUUCUGAAACUGUCAAGCAAAAGUUGGUUUUUGCCGGAAGUGAAGAAGGGAAACUUCUUGCACUUCGUCAAAGUUUUUCAGAGAGUUUGAAUCCACCAGUACUGAUCUUUGUGCAAAGCAAGGAGCGGGCAAAAGAUCUUUAUGGCGAACUGGCAUUUGAGAAUAUCAAAGUGAAUGUCAUCCAUUCUGACUUAUCAGAGAUAGAGCGGGAAAAUGUUGUUUACGACUUCAGAGCUGGAAAAACUUGGGUGUUAAUUGCCACUGAUGUAAUUGCUCGCGGAAUGGAUUUCAAAGGGGUUAACUGUGUAAUCAAUUAUGACUUUCCAGAUUCUGCCUCUGCAUACAUUCACCGGAUUGGCCGUUCUGGCAGAGCAGGGAGGAGUGGAGAAGCCAUUACAUUUUAUACAGACGAGGACAUUCCAUUUCUGCGAAAUAUUGCCAAUGUGAUGUCAGCUUCAGGCUGUGAAGUUCCAUCUUGGAUAACUGAGCUGCAGAAAAAGAAGUGGAAAAAACAUAGGCCGAAAAGAGAUUCAAUCUCAAACAAACCAAAGGAUGAUGGUGACACCGAGCAGCCGAAAAAGAAGUCAAAAAAACGCAGGCCUAAAAGAGAUUCAAUCGUGACCAAACCAAAGGGUGAUGGUGACUCCGAGCUGCAGAAAAAGAAGUCGAAAAAACAGAGGCCUGAAGGAGAUCCAAUCCGAAACAAACCAAAGGACGAAGGUGACACCGAGCAGCAGAAAAAGAAGUCGAAAAAACGCAAGCUUAAAAGAGAUUCAAUCUCAACCAAACCAAAGGAUGAUGGUGUCUCCAAACCACAGAAAAAGAAGUCGAAAAAAGCAGAGGAGGCCUGAAAGAGAUUCAAUCUCAACCAAACCGAAGGACGAAGGUGAAGCCUAAUUUAAAAUUGCUACCUCUAAUCUAUUUCACUUCCCAAAACUUAAAAUAAAAUAUGCCUUUAGGAAGUUUUUGUCCAAUGAUGUGAAAAUGUGUCGAUUACAUCUAAAUUUGUCUCUUAAAAGGUGAGCUUGCAACUCAAAUGUAAUAGGUCAUCUUAUUUGAAGAAUUUGAUCAUUUGUACAUGGUCGACUUAAAAACUCCAUUGAUAUUUUUUGGAAGGAAUUUUAGGAUUUUUGUGUAUUUGAAUUUUGAA